AUGGCAUCCCCUCCCAUUCACCCCGCUGUCAUAGUAAACAACAUCAAAAACUCUAUACCCUUGAUCCUUGAUAGUCAAACCGAACAUUAUAACACUUGGGCCGAACUCUUUGUCCUCCACUGCAAAGCAUAUGAGGUCUUCGACCACUUACAGCCCCGUGAGGACGCGGCAUCCUCCUCCACAACCAAAGAAGCAGCCGACAAAGACAAAGAAAAAGCUCCGACCGUCAAACCCAACUAUCUUGAGUCAUGGGAACGGAUCGAUUCCAUUGUUCUACAAUGGAUCUACGGUACCAUCUCUCAAGAUCUCAUGCACACCAUCAUGACCACCAACACUACCGCUUAUGACGCAUGGUGCCGUCUCAAGAACCUCUUCCUCGACAACCAAGCUGCUCGCACCAUUACUAUACAUACAAGUUCUUCAACUCUCGGCUCGAAAACUUCUCCAGCAUGA